CAUCUCGAGGAAAACAAGCAACACAGGAUUUUGCAUCCUCCCUUAAAUCGUCAAACGUCGCGAAAUACACUGAUAAACGGCCAAAAUGCCACGUAUAAUGAUAAAGGGUGGUGUGUGGAGGAACACAGAGGAUGAAAUCCUCAAAGCGGCUGUUAUGAAGUAUGGGAAAAACCAGUGGUCGCGGAUUGCAUCGCUGCUGCACAGGAAGUCUGCGAAGCAGUGCAAGGCGCGCUGGUAUGAGUGGCUCGAUCCGAGCAUUAAGAAGACUGAAUGGUCCAGGGAAGAGGAUGAGAAGCUGCUGCACCUCGCAAAGCUGAUGCCCACGCAGUGGCGCACAAUUGCCCCAAUCAUCGGCAGGACGGCGGCUCAGUGUCUGGAGCGGUAUGAGUAUUUGCUGGAUCAGGCACAGCGGAAGGAAGAUGGAGAUGACACAGCGGAUGAUCCGCGGAAGCUGAAACCCGGGGAAAUAGAUCCCAAUCCGGAGACGAAACCCGCUCGGCCGGACCCUAAAGACAUGGAUGAGGACGAGCUGGAGAUGCUGUCUGAGGCGAGAGCUCGCUUAGCCAACACCCAAGGCAAGAAAGCGAAGCGCAAAGCCCGCGAGAAACAGUUGGAGGAGGCUCGAAGGCUGGCGGCUCUGCAGAAGCGCAGAGAAUUGCGCGCAGCUGGCAUUGGGAGCGGAAACAAUCGCCGACGCCGAAAGGGCAUUGACUACAACACUGAUAUACCAUUUGAGAAGCGUCCUAUGCCAGGAUUCUAUGACACUUCUGAGGAAACGGUGGCGACGGUGGAGUUUGAUUUCAACAAGAUGCGCCAGCAGCAGCUGGACGGCGAGCUGAGAACUGAGAAGGAGGAGCGCGAGCGCAAGAAGGACAAGCAGAAGCUGAAGCAGCGUAAGGAGAAUGAUAUUCCGAUGGCGAUGCUGUUGAAUCAGGAGCCAGCGAAGAAGAGAUCAAAGCUCGUGCUGCCCGAGCCUCAGAUAUCGGACUUGGAGUUGGAACAGGUGGUGAAGUUGGGCAGGGCGAGUGAAAUGGCCAAGGAAUUGGCAUCAGACGGUGGAUCGGACACGACAGAAGCUCUUCUUUCAGACUACAGCAUAACGCCAUCGGUGUCUGCGACUCCGCGCACGCCCGCUCCGGCAACGGAUAAGAUUAUGCAGGAAGCUCAAACUCUGAUGGCACUCACGCACGUUGACACGCCACUCAAGGGCGGCACCAAUACGCCCCUGCACGCCUCCGACUUCGCCGGAGCUUUGCCACAGAGUUCAUCGGUCGCCACGCCGAAUACAGUCCUCGCCACGCCCUUCAGAUCCUCGCGCUCAGACGCUCCCGGCACGCCCGGCUUCCAGACGCCGGGAUCAGCUGUGGUUCCCGCUGCUGGCAACGCCGUGACGCCGGCUUUCGUGCGGGACAAAUUGAAUAUCAACGACGAGGAAGCUCUCAGUGUUGGCGACACGCCGGUUGCGGUGAAGAACUACCAAAAGCAGCUGAAGCAGAAGCUGCGCGAUGGCCUGUCAUCGCUUCCUGUCCCGCGCAAUGACUACGAGAUUGUGGUGCCCGACGAAGACAUGGCCGAGGAGGAGCCUUCGCAGGCGCAUGACAUGGUUGAGGAUCAAGCGGAUGUGGAUGCGAAGAAGGUGGCUGAUGCGAAGAGGGAGCGUGAGAGGGAGAUGGCUCUGAGAUCUCAAGUGGUUCAGCGCGAUCUGCCGCGCCCACUGGACGUCAACAUGUCGAUCCUGCGCCCUCCGGCUGACAUGCAAGGUCUCAGUGAUUUGCAGCGCGCUGAGGAGUUGAUUAAGCACGAGAUGGUGACUAUGAUGCACUACGACGCCUUCAGAGAUCCCAUCGCGUCGACGCAGCCUCAGGCGGCACAGAUGCCCAAGAAGCCCAAUGUGGCGGCCCAGCACUUGGCUUACCUGGAGCAGCAUCCCUAUGAGACGUUCACGGAGGAGGAUCUGCAGAUGGCGAAGAAUCUGCUGCAGCAGGAGAUGCAGGUGGUGAAGAGUGGCAUGGCACACGGGGAUUUGGCGCUGGAGAGCUACACUCAAGUGUGGGAGGAGUGUCUGAGCCAGGUGCUCUUCCUGCCCAGUCAGAAUCGCUACACGCGCGCCAGCUUGGCCAGCAAGAAGGACAGGCUCGAGUCGGCGGAGUACAAAUUGGAGCAGAACAGGAAGCAUAUGGCUAAGGAGGCGAAUCGAUGUGGCAAAAUUGAGAAGAAACUGAAGAUUCUCACCGGAGGUUAUCAAGCGCGCGCACAGGCGCUGAUCAAGCAGCUUCAAGACACUUUCCAGCAGAUAGAGCAAAACUAUUUGGCGCUGUCGACCUUCAAAUUCCUGGCCGAGCAGGAGGAUAAUGCCAUUCCGCGGCGUUUGGACUCUCUCACGGAUGACGUGGCGCGUCAGACGGAGCGCGAGAAGGUCCUUCAGGCGCGCUAUGCUCAGCUGCAGGACGAACUGAGUCAAUUGCAGCUGGACUUGGCGGAGAGGCAGGAAUCUCCGCGUCCUCAGGCGGAGGAUGUCGAAAUGGCAGCGGAUGAGGAGCCAGACAAUGCCGAAGUGACGGAGAGCACCAAGGCGGCGUCUGAAGAUGUGGUUGAGAAUAAUUGCACAAAUGGGACUGGCGAGGAAGUCGAAAUGUGCAACAGUAAUGGAACAGAGUAAGUCAUCUUCGCGCCACAUUUAAUAUCCACUAAUUUACAGCAGAAAUCAAUGAGAUGUUGAAACAAUUGUAGACGAUAAAAGGAAAUAAAUGAUAGCGAUACUGAAGAUCGUUAGUUUUUUAAUUUGCAAAAAUGGAGAGACUUUUGGUGCAAUCAGAGAUAAAGAUGAUCAUUGGCUCUGGCUCUGUCCAGAUCACUUCAUUGACUGGAAAUCACUCGUAAUUCCUUCAAGAAACAAUCAAGCGCACUUUGAAUGCCACAAUCCUUGAGCCGUUGCUGACUAUUAAGAGCAUCUUCUGGGAUCUGGAGUACAUUUUGAGAGAUAUCUGGUCAUCCAGAGUACAGAGAUCAAGAGAGGAAUUGAACAACAGCUCAAAAGGGGGAUAAACCGGAUAAAUACGUUAAUUUUUUCGGGAUGAAUUUCAAGACUCAAGCAAUUUUAUUAUUCCUUUACGACGUUUCGGGGGCUGUUUUCGGGGGUAUUGGCUCAGCAACACUGCAUUCGCGACCAACACUUCAUCACUAAUUGGCUAAAUUGCCAAAUUUUGCCCAUGAAAAGGUGAAAAAGAACUUACCUUCUCUGAACAUACAAAUAAAAUUGGAUAAUGUUAAUAAAAGACAUUUUUAUAUUUCUAGUACGAUACUUUAUUUUUUUCAGUUUUUGUAAUUAAAUUGUUGAAGAACCAAACGAAAUUAUUUUGCAUAUAAUUAAUUUUAUGUAUAGUUCCAUUUUUUCUCUCACUUUCCAUAAUCUUUCUUCCAUAUAAACUAACAAACUAAUAAAAUGAAAAUUUUCCUACUAAAUAUUUACACUUUUUUUCCAUCCUUUUAUUGAUUAACUUGUUCUUCAUGCUGAAUGUUAUGAUCUCCUUUUUUUUCAUUAAGUUUACGACUUUGCAUUUUUUUUUUCUUCUUGUUUACCUCUUUACAUUAAUUCUUUUUUUUUGUUUAUUUUCUCGUUUGAAUAAUAACUUUUGUAGUAAAUAUACGUGUUAAAGCAGACAAAGAAAAAAACGACAAAAGAUCUAUCUAAAGUCAAGCACUAGUUUUUUUUUAUCUCUCCUUAUGUUUUCCCCAAAAUUCGACCUUUAAUCAGUAUUUCGUUAUGAAAAAAUUGAUAGUGAAAAAUUAUUAAAUGAUGAACCACACUGCAAGAGAAGAUUGUGUUUUGUGUCAUUCGGCAUGACUUAAUUUUUUUUUUUACAUUCUUUCACAAUUAUUUGCAAAACUUGUGUAAAUACGGUGGAACAUGUAAGAAGUUGUGAGUGUUUUGUUAAAACCGUCCUAUUUGAUGCGCGCGCUUUUUGACUCUUUUUCAACACUUAAUAGUUUCUUCAUUUUGUCAGUUUUUGCCGUCCAAAAUUCAAUACAUUUCCUUAAUUUUUUUCUUUCCUUUCAUUCUCUUAUUAGAAUUUAUUAUGUAUACAAUGGCGUGGGAAAAGGAUUUAAAAAAUAUCCACAUGGAACAGAUAUACAGUGUACAAAAUAGAUUCUCUUUCAUAUAUUUCAACUUUCUUUAUUCUCUUAUACUUAUUUAACUACUAUUGAAGGAAAUUGUCAGCUACAUUUCUUCUCAAUAAUUUGCAUCUGGCAGCAAAAAUGUAUUGAAUUUUUUCUUUGUUUUCCCGCACAAAACCAUGAAGAAAAUAUUAGUUGUUAAAUUUUCCCUCAUUUUUCACUAAAAUUGCAGUUUUCCAUUUGUUUUUUUUUUCUUGAAAGACUUCUGAAGUUUAUAGAGAAUUUAUGCAAAUUUCCAAAAUACAAAUAAUUUUUUAUUCUAUUGAAUUAUUUUCCACUUCACUCCACAUUUUCUUAUCCUUUCUCUCGAAAAUAUUUUACCAUCUCAUCAAAAAAAAAGAAGAAAACGCGCCAACUUCGCACUUUUAUCACUCACACAAUAAUUAUACUUUUUUUUUGUAUUAAUCCUUUUUUACGACUUAAGUUCCUUAAGAAAACCAUUUCUCUCAUGUUUCUUUUAUCUUUAAAUAUUUCUCUUUACUCGUUACUUUAUCAGUUCAAUUAUUAUUUAAGUUGCAAUUACUACAAUAUGCAGUACAAGUAGCAAAAUAAAAAGUAAAUUGUUGUGUGAUUUUUUUUGUAGUUUUUCUUUUAUUUUUUUUUUAUUAAAAAUAAAAAUCAAUUGCACGCAUUUUUAUCGUGAAAAUUCUUAUGAUGUUUUCAUUUCUUCAAUCAUCUUCUCUUUAAAGCAGGUGAAAGUGAUUUUUUCUCUCUCUCUCUCUCUCUCUCUCUUCUAUACUCAUUGAAUAGAUUUUUUUCUCUCUCUCUUGUGUAUUUUUUAUGUCACUGAAUUGGAACGAAUAGCAUUAACAACAAACAAACGAAAAUGUUAAAAAGCACUAAAUUACACCAUAUAAACUUGUUUCCUUUUCAUUUCAUUGAGAUUUUUCCACGUCAAAAUCUAUAUAUAUAUAUAUUUUUAUUUUCUUGUUUCUCUAAACUAUACAAAAAGGGAAUCAAUACUUGAUUAAUUGUGUAUGAUUUUUUUUUCUCUUUAUUUGCAUGUAAUGUGUAAUUAAUAACAAACGUAAAUGUCUAAUAUAAAUCUUGAAUAUAAUUCAUAAACAAGGAUCCCUCACUAAAAAAGAAAAAAGUGUAUCUAUUCGCAUUGAUUUCCUCCUUCAAACAUUGUCAAUAUGUAGAAUUUUGUGAAUUCACCUUAAGAAUCAGUUAGAAAAAAAAGAAUUUGUUGAAUUUCCUAUUGAAUGUAAGUGAUUUUAACAUCUUUUACUUAGUCAACUUCAUUAUUUCAGCAUUAUCAAUUGCUUCUUCAUUGUUUUCGGCAUUAAGAAAUGAAAAAAUUGUGAUUUAAACAUUGUUUUUCUUUAUCCUCCUAGUGAAUUGUGUGUGUGUGUCUCAAAUAGUUAAGUGUAAACAUUUCUUGUGACUCUAAUUAUGGCCAGUCACUGUGAAUUUGUAUUCCCAAAAAAAUGAUAUAUGAAGAAAGAAAAAAAAACGAGAAUUACUAACUUCACAAAGAAUAAUAAACAUUUACACGCAAAAUCCAUACACACAAAUUUGUAAUAAUGUGUGGUGUUCGAGGCUUUUAUACUCUUUUCAUUUCCUUUUUCUUCACACACAAGAUUUCAUAUUUUCCUUUGCAAUUUGCAACUUUUCUUCACCUUCAUAAUUAACCAUUAUGUUUGCUCUGUUUUU